GCCUUUGCCCAAAGACCUGUUCAUUACUCCUCUAUCCCACUGCGGACAUGACGCGUUGGUGGGGGACACGGACAAGACCUCCGGAUCCAACGGCCCCUCGCAACAGCAUCUUCGCGAUUCCGGAUAUUUCACGGACAGUGGCAGGACUCCUACGAAACUCAACGGCUCUUACGGCGAUGCCAAUGGCGAAGUUCAGACGGGCACUGUCCAGAAGCCGGUAUCAGUGUUCGCCUCAAUCCUGCUGCGGACGCAGGCCGAGAAAUCUACCUCUGAAAACACGGAGCUGAUUGCCUUCGGCCUUGAUGGUGAAUUGAAUCCAGCAUCGGGCCAGAUCAUGACCGCGACCCAUCCAAUUGUGGGUUUCAAGCCCCAAGGUCCAGUAGCGGAAAAGAGUGGUGGCUGUUCCGUGGUUGAAGGCCAGCUGGAUACUGUCUCCAAACAUCACAUGGAGACCACCAUCUCCGUUCUGCGUCUUCAAAGCACUACUCCGCCAAGUGCCCAAGAACAUCCUAAUGCAGAGUUUAUUACUCAGUUCUUCCUUAAGGCUGCUAAGAACCGGCUACAAGGGGGGAUCGUCAAUUCUUCCACACUUCUCAUCCCUAGCAAAGUAGCAGCCGACAGGAGGGCUGGAGUUCAGGCGAAGACCACUGAGCAAACCAGUCCACUUCGGCCAGAAGGCGGCCUGGCGCCGGCAACUAUCCCGGAGGUGCAGAAUUCCCAUGAGUCUAAGCAGGAAGCGCACACUUCCGCGAAUUAUGAGGCCGAAGCAGCAAACCUGGAGAUGGCGGACAAUCAUUCCAACUCCACACCCGUGCAUACCCCUGCGACUACGGCCGCUAGCACCAUAGAUGAGAUUGAUUCUUCCAUCCAUACUCUCGACGAAGGCAUUGAUUCUGAUGUUAUCAUUCUCCCAUUGGAUGCAAGCCUCCCCGGCCAUGAAGACACAUGCAUAGAAGAGGCAGAUUUUAUCACCACGAAAAGCCAUUUCUACCCCUCCAUAUUCAACGACGAGGAUCACGACACGACUACGAUAACGCCACAACAAUGUGAAUCUCGGGAAGAUACGAGCUCGUAUGCUGUGGCGGAUAUGAUGUUGGGUAGCUUCGUUGAUCAAAGCUGUGAUGCGGAAACAGGCGUUAUCGCGCAAGAAAUCUCUCAUCACUCACACCAAGGUCCCCUCAAUAUCGAAGCCACGGCUGUGACAAAGGACCCAUUUGUCCUACCCCUAGGAAAUGGAGAUACCCAUGCCGAUGACGAUACCGAUGAUAUACAGAGUGCAGAGAGCCCAGUGGAAGAGGCCAUGGAGGCUUCUGCGAUCGAAAGUUAUGGGCAAGAUACUUUAAGCGGAAAAUGAUGACUUCGAGAUUGUACUGGAGGAUGUGCCCGAUACAGAUGAAAAGGAAAUGCCUGUAGUCGGGACGAGUUAUAUGAAUAGUACAGAAACGGCCGAUUUGGGAGAGAUGCACGAGGCUUCGAAAAAGCUGGGGCUCCCCGGUCCUCCUGAAGACGACAAUGACAAGUUCACAAUCAUUUUCGAUGACCCUGACGACACGGAUGGGAAAGCAAAAGCUGAUGAUAAGCUUGAUACUAUGGGAAGUGUUGACGAUGACACAAAUUGUUCUGAGCGCAUAAGCGGCGGGCGAAGCCGUGAGGCAUAUGAGAGCGAAUCUGCAAUCGUCUUUGAAAACCCAUCCGACAAAACCGAAGAGCUGGACUUCGAU